GUCCGUGCUCGCUGUGCUCCCAACAUCAAACUUCUGUAAGUUCACAUUAAAUCACGGACGUGUAUAUUAUAUUUCCUGUUUGCUUGUGAAGAUCAUCUUACAUUCAAGCUAUGUUAGUUGUACCGAUUCUUUUUAAUAUUGAACAUCAAUUUUUCUGCUUAUAUUCCUUCAAAGCACACAUGAAGCGGCGCGCACGCAAACAUGGAUCACGAACUUAGAUCCCCUAUCUACGUCCAUGCAUGGAUCGACUUUAGUGAGAGGAAAAGUUUGGUUCGUUGUCGCGCUUGGCAACAACUUUUAUUUAUUUAUUGUUUUAUGUUUUAUUUAGGUGUCACGAUGAUUUGAACCUAAUUGGGGCUUGUUUGUCGAUGACUUAGGCCGUUAGGGGGUAUCACCUAUACACGUCGAUCGUGGUGGGUGUGGUACAAAAAUAUAUUGGCUUUGUAUUGUUUUUAUUUCAAUUAUCAGACAGUAUAUAUAUACAUACUUGUUUCCAAAUGUAUUUUUUAUACUUCUUCUAUGUACUAGUAAAUGUGACAUUGUUGUUAUGUGUUCUGUGGGCAGUGGCCUUUGACUGAAAACACACUCACUCUAUGUGCAGAUCAAUAUUCCGAAAAACCGCUAAGCCACGCACAGCAUAUGAAAACAAGGGAGCGAACGAGUUUGAUGCAUUGCCCGCUCGGUCUAGUCAAGCAGAACUGUGACGAGUGUUACCUCUGAUGAGCCGCCUGCCCACAGCAUUAGCAGGCAAAGCAAAAAUCAAUGGAUAGAGAUUCAUCACCGUACCAAGUUCUUGAGGUUUUCCAACCUCUCACAAAGCAGAAAUGCGGGCCCGUGCGUCGGCCAGACGAGAGCAGAACGCUGGCAAGUGUGGCUGUGUCCCGGGUGCAGGACGCUGGAAGCCAGACCAGCGCGCGCUCUCUGCGAGCGGCCGAUGCUGCGUUUCGCAGUUGCGUCUCCGAGAUAACAGGAGCCGCGUUCUCAGGGCGUGGCAAGCCACACGGGUGACACAGGUGAGGGUGUCAGUCUUUUGUUCCCGGUCAGUCGUCGAGCCGCCUACAAGAUGUAUGCCAUCUUUUGCCCCCUUCUGAGUUCUAGCCUUGUAAUCGUCGAUUACAAGAUGAGAAAGAAACGCAAAGAGCUGUAGCCGUGUGGAUGUGCGCAAGAGUUGCUGGCUGCGCGGCGGCUAGUCAGGAAUCCUGCCGACCAUCACAUCUCAGGUGUUUUAUUGUUGUUGUCCUGCCGUCUUUGGGAGAGUCGCUGGUGGCCACUGUCCAUCUCACGUCUUCACAUGUUGCGCUAUGGCGGAAGCGCUGCAGCAGGAGUGGCAUGGCGGACCCAUCUCGGAACGCCGACUCCGGGGAGUCAAGAUCAACCCCAUCUACCAAGAGAGCGACCGAAACGUCACCAACAAGGACAAGGACACCCAGUCAGAGAGUGCUCUUCCCAUCGGAGAGAUCCAGAUCGAGAUGUACGAGAGCCUCCCUCGCAACAAACAAAAGAUCUUCAAGCAAAACUCCGCCCCUUCUCUCUGGACUCCAAGCACCACAGUGGAUCGAGAUUUUUCGAGAUGGCGUGGGUUUUGCGACAAAAACGUUGAGCCACGGUCUAGCGGUGGUGCCCAUGAUGGCAACAACAGCCCAAGCUCCCUGGACAGAAAAUCGCAGAAAUCUCAGAAGAAGAAGAACCAUCCUGGGAGUGCCAGUAACAUUCAGUGGUCAUUUCUUGAUAAUCGAUCGUCGCCGAGACAUCGCGAACCUAUAUGGGAUGCGUUCAAGAACGUAGAGAAAAAAAUCCCCCCCAAGCUCCGCGAGGAGUCGCUGGAGGCGGUUGGGAAUGACUUCCCAAGUGACGUCAAGCCUGUAUCGGCCGACAGUGACAUUAGCUUAGCCGACUGUGAUGCGAGGUCAGCCACCAUAGGGGAAACCCUCGACACUGCCAACGACGCUGACACCAUCAGUGUUCUGUCAGAAUACGGUGAGACUGAGCCGUCGGGAGACAACCCUUUGCCUUAUAACCGUGACUCGUUCCGCCGAACACGCAUCACCGCCUCGUCCUCCCUCGACCACGUCCUCCACUUCGUGAUGGAAGACCCCAGUGGAACACGUCCUGCUCAGGGCCUGCAUCCGGGGCUCACGUGCUGCUUCAGACACUUCUGUGCCUACUUCCUGCCUCAUCAGUCCUUGCGUGGACAGACUGAGAAGAUUGACUAUGCUAGCGCAAAGCUUUUAAAAAAAUUGUUUGCCCUGGAAAAAGUUGGGGUGCUUACCCUGAAAAAUGGAACGAAGACUUCUCUAGAUCAUUCAGGCAGUGACUCACUGUUCAGUCGCUUGCACUUCAGUAGCGAGGACCUUCGCCUGCUAUUUCCUUCUAGUUGGGACUUGAGGAAGUGUGUUUGCACAACCACAUCAGAUGCGUGUCAUGCGCAUGACAGUGAUUUGCAGUGUCAUUUUCACCACGACGUGUGCAGUGAGAGCUUCAGCAACAAAAAGAUUGAUAUUGAACAAGGAAGGAACGGAUUCCCUCGCGAGAAAGGUUUGUCCAAGAGCCGCCUGCAGUCCAGCACGCACUUACCCACUGAACUUAGCCACUUGCCCAACUCAGCAUUGGUCACAGACGGGAAAAAGCAGAAGGACUUGAAUGGUAAUGACAGUACGCCAGAAGGAAAGAAGGAGAACAGACCAGAAGCGAGGAGGUUCGGCUGUGACUACAGUGACCACCUACAUGUACCUAUCCCAGCAUCAUUUUUAGAUGUUUCUUGCCAUAAAGAUACCACAGAGUGCCUUCACCAUAGUUACGUCAACGAGACAGAAGAAUACGUGAAACUAGCUGACAAGAAUCAAAGAGAAACUGGAACCAAGCAUACCUCGACUUGCAAUAUUCAUCUACAAGAGACUUCUGGAGCUCAUAGAACCAAAGUUGCUUAUUUUCAGGAUUCUAUCUCCGAAAGUGAUGAUGACUCAAUAUUACAAACCACCACUGACAUGAGCAAACGAGUGGCGGCCAGGACAGAUGUCGAGGAUUUUCUGGACAACAACAAUUACUUGGAAGGAGUGGACAUGUGCACGUCACCAGGGUGUGAGAGGUGUCGCGAGAUGGAGACGGUGCAAGCUUUCCCAGGUACGUGUGGCAGCCGUAACGGAGAGCCCAAGCGAGACCAGCGGAAGAUGCCACUGACCGUAACCCUCACUGAGGUGUGCCAAGAAACGUGCAUUUUUCACAAUCAGGCUUUAUUCCAAAGUCUGGUGGACAGCAGCAAGCGAACGGACGAGCUCAGUAGCCUUGAUGGCUCUGGGGACAUGAUGACGGCAUCACUUUUGGCUGGUAAGCAGCAGCUCAGAGACUCGCCUUUUAGCCCCGGAGAGUUCAGCUCUAAUACAGCACCGACACACAACGCGUCAGUUGUUCUACGGGCAGAUGAUCUAAACGCACCUGCCUACCUUCAGCGAUACCUGGAGGAAGCUCAGAGCCAAUACCUGGCAAACAAGGGCACCAGCGACGUCGCCCACAUCAGUGGCUCUGGAAACUUCCCAUCGGGCGACGCCAGCCUACACGUUGAUGACGACCUUCUGGAUGAGAAUUUUAUCAGAGAACAGAUCGCCGCCGUUGACGCCGCAUGUGAGGACGCCAUGCGACGCCAGGCAAGUUGCAACAGCGGCGGCAGCAGCAGCAAGAAGAUGAAGAAGAGCAAGAAAGACAAAAACCGGUCCAAGGAGAAGAAAUCCUCAAAGGCAGACAGCGGUUCCGCCACAGGGUCCAAGAAAAACAAGUCUAUCCGCGCCAGCAUCGAGGACAUCGACGCCGAGGAAGACGAGGGUGGCGCGUGGCCCGGAAGCUGUGACUCCAGGGUUAACCCCGGCGGUCUGAGCAUCGUGCAGGUGGGCGGCAUCACGACCGACGACCCGGCCUUCGAGAUGAUCGUCUCCGAUGAUUCUUACGAGGAAAUCCCAUACGCCACACGCAGACGCCAGCGCCUGCGGGAAUCCGGCCUAGACGGCUGGAAGGACGAGACUCCCUCGUCACUGAGAAACCGCAUCAUAAAAGCUGCCCUCUGCACCUUCCUCAUUCUCUUUGUCAUCGGCCUCAUCAUCGGUCUUGCCAUUCACUUUACUGGCUCCAGCGCCAAGACUAUCGACUCGGAGAGUUCGGCGCUUGCCAAUGUCAAUGGCUACCCUGCUGGAGGGUUUCCUCUGCAAAGGGCAAUACGCCGAUGAUAGCACAAAACCUCCUCUCCCUCCUCUCCACCCACCUCGCCCCGAAAAACCUACAAGCAUAAGCAAGGAUAAUUACCGCCAUGGGUCCAAAACACUAAACGUACACGCUCUUAAACCCGCUGUGUUUAUAUUUUGCAACACUAGCACAAUCUGCAUAAAGUAAAUGCAUAUUAACAACUGAAAUACCUACUGUUGGUACAAAAUAAAGAAGCAC